GCCCGGCCGUUCGCUGUCCGCACGCCGGCCUCUGCGGCCCCGGGCGGGCGCUCCUCGGCCUCCCUGCUCCGCACGCUGCGCGGUGGUCGAGCUCCUGCGCGGGCAACCGUCCUCGGUUUAUCUGUUAACGACCGUGGGGCGCCCCGGCUCCAUCUGAGCGCGGCCUGAGGUCUUCACCCGGUUUUUGUUUGGGGUGUGUGUCCGUGUGUGCGUGGCUUCCCGUAGUAGGGACUGCACCCAGGGCCUUGGCACUGAGCAUGCCUCCUGCCCGCCCUUCGCCACGCCCAGGCUGGACACGGAUUUGCGAUCCUCCUGCCUCAGCCUCCCAGAAUGCUGGGAUUACAGGCUCCGCCCCCGUGCACCCUCAUCCGGCAUAUGUUACAGGCCCUGCCUCAGCUCCCAGGUCUCAGAUCCUCCACGCAGAGCUGUCUUGCCCCCUGCCAUGGUCGAGGUUUUAUACGUAGGGAUGUGUUGGGAUUGGGCUCUGUCCCCCAACCAGAAGGCACCCAGCAUCAUGUGGUUACUACCUGCUCUUCCUCCACCUACGGAUGCCGCCCAAAAAGAGACGUGGCCAGCCGUCCCACAAAGCCCAGCUGCUAUUCCUCCAACAACCACGGGAGGGCCCCAAGCACCACUGCAGACCUGCACAGCAACUCCCCACUCACACACUGCAGGUGCCCAGCAAGCCCAUUGAGGAAGCCUUCAUUUCCUGGGUAUCACCUCAGUUUGAUACAGCAGUAGAGAGCUUGUUUCCAGCACGCCGGAAACAUCGUCGAGAUCGGGCAAGACUUUCAAGUCAAAAAUCAACCCGUAAAUUUCCCCAUCUGAUCUUUGAGAGUCCACAGUCUUCUUCCAGUCCAGAGACACCGGGAAUCCCCUCAGUCAGGAAGCGCCCCAGUCAGUCAGAAAAGGAUGUUUCCAAACAGCCCUUGGUUCCGAUGCUCAGUCCCCAGAGCUGCGGGGAACCGUCAGCGCACGCGCUCCCGAGCUCGCCCUGCGUGUUCGCUGCCCCGGACAUCCAGACCCCAGGGCCGUCCGUGAGGGAAGAUCUCAGUCCCCCAGGACAGGAGGAAAACAGCUUUCCAGUCUACACCAGCACUCCCUGCAGCCCGGAGCCCGUGCCUGUUCUGGUUGAAGACACCCCAGAGGAGAAGUACGGGGUAAAAGUCACAUGGAGGAGGCGAAGGCACCUACUUGCCUACCUCCGGGAGCGAGGGAAGCUGAGCGGAAGCCAGUUCCUGGGGAACGGCUGACUGGAUUUCUCAGACGUCCUCUUCUCCAGCAGUCUCAAUACUGAUUUUCCUGGAGUUGCUACAACCCCAUUUGUAGUUUACAAGACGGUGUACCGCAAGAGGAAGGUACAGAUAACACCAACAGGACAAAGAUUUUAACCAGUGCCCCAGGGGCCUAAGGAAAUUCAGUGCGCAGAUUUGCUUUUUAAGAUACCUUGUGGCUAAACAGUUGAAUUUAGUGUCAUAAACUGUUCAUAUUUUUCUUUCGUUAACUGUUUAAAAUUUUAAAAUCUUGUAGUAACUCUAAAAUGUAUGUAAAUAAAUGGUUGCAGAAAGUUUUUAGAGAACCUUACUUAUUGCUUCUCGGCCUUUGGGCUAAGAUCAAGUGUGUGUGUAAGAGAACCUUACUUGUCAGACGUGCAGCAAUAUUAUCUGUCCACAAAGAUUUUUUGUUUAUUUUUUUCUUUUGCUUAUUAAUCCUUUAAUAAUCUCGUCUAACCUAAUUCUUUUCCUUUUU